CGCAUGCAUGCACGCACGUUGUACACACAGCUUCUGAAUAGAGUGAACGACAGGAGAAGAAAAGCUUUCUUGUGAAAAUGAACGCUCCGCCGGCUUUUGAAUCGUUCCUGUUGUUUGAGGGUGAAAAGAAAAUAACAAUCACCAAGGACACAAAGGUACCCAAUGCCUGCCUGUUCACUAUAAACAAGGAAGAUCAUACCAUUGGAAAUAUCAUUAAAUCGCAGCUGUUAAAAGAUCCCCAGGUUCUAUUUGCAGGGUACAAGGUGCCUCAUCCCCUGGAGCAUAAAAUUGUUAUUCGAGUUCAAACCACACCUGAAUAUAGCCCUCAAGAGGCUUUUACCAAUGCUAUCACAGACUUGAUAAGUGAAUUGUCUCUUUUGGAGGAAAGAUUUAGGGUUGCCAUUAAAGACAAACAAGAAGGAAUUGAAUGAGUGUAAACACUGAACCCUGCAUUGGCUCCAAGUCCUCUGCUUUGAUUUAAACAUAUCCCUUUUCUGCGGGGAAUAUAUUUGAGUGGCAUAUUUGUUUGACUUUGUAACAAAUAAAAUACUGUUUGCCUAUUUGCAACAUCAUUUUUUUUGCUUAAAUAUUUGGGAAUUAUGCCUUAUUAGUCCUAAAGCAGGACUGCACAUUAUGGUAGAUGCCUUUAUUUGAACAUUUGGAAUCUGUGAGAAAUGCUUUUGUCUUGUGGAAAUAAAGCCAGCUCAAAAUGGCUGUAAGAGGCAGACCUUUCAACCAA